AUGAAAAUUUAUUUUAGUCCAUCUUUUAUUCAAGAACCAGUUAGCCUUACUACUGUCGAGGAGAAAGGUCAAGAAUAUGUUCUUUUUAGAAUGGUAGCAGGUGAAUAUUUAACUUUGGAAAAUCCUAAUACUUUGCUCCUAGUUCCGAACGAUAACUCGGCGAAAAAUCUUACUUUUCACGGGUUAUUAAUCAAAGAUACUAGGAGUUAUGUUGGUGUAUUAGAAGUAGAACCUUUUUCAUUAGGAAUAGAAGGAAUGCCGCCAAUUACUCGUUUAGAAUUUUUAUUCUCUACUAAGGAAAACCCUCAACCCGGACCUUCUGAACCCGGAAUUAAAAAGUUGACUGAAAGCGAUUUGUAUAACAACAAGUUAUUGACCGAGGGAACCGGGAGGAACCUUACCCUGAAAGUUAAAAAAUUUUGUUUUAAUGACCCUACUACCUUAUACUUUGAAAACAGUAACGGUUAUGCCUUCGGUUCCUUAUCCGAAAAGAAAAACCAAGAUGACCCAGUAAGGAAUCCCAUCAAAACCCCACUUAAAGAUAAUUCUGACAAUCCUCCGCCCAAGACUAGCCCAAUUAACCAAAAACAAAAAAACUCGGGAACCCUAAAGGCAGUUUUAAUAAUCGGCGGAAUUAUUGCGGGAUUAAUCCAAAACUGGCCAACGAAUAUUGCAGAAAUAGCACUCCAAUAUUUUCCCCCCGCCAACAAUAAUGAGUGA